AUGAGCACCAAUACCAACACAGCCUUAUCUCGAAGCGGCGGCGGCGCACCUCCAAAGCUCAAAGACAGCUGUGACAUGUGCUCCUCCUCGAAAAUCAAAUGUAACAAGGAAAAACCGGUCUGUAGUCGAUGUCGCAAGCUGGGCUAUCCGUGCUUCUACAGUCCGGCGCGGCGCAUCGGACGGCCGCAUCCCAACCGUCGAACCACCAUCCGCAAAUCGCCGGAAGCGCGUUCUUGUCCGACGAGGAGGACGACGAACGAGAAUCUCCCGAGUACUCCGAAGGACCUACCUCCGACGACUCGGGAUGAGACAUUUCUGCAGAGUCCUGGUAGUUGGGAGCGGGAUAGCCAGAAUCCACUGCAUUGGCUUGAUGAACUAUAUCUCUCUCCGAUGAUGGAAGAGCAUGCGACAAGCACCACUGCUUUUUCAGAAGAUUCAUGCGCGCUGGGAGGGUUCGAAGCGCAUAAAUUGAGUCCUGUCCAGAUGCAGCCGGUGAUGGACUUGGAUCUCUUCAAUUUCUCGGACGCUUUGAGCAGUGAUAGUUCCUCACACUGGGCCCAGCUGUCGGACGCCGACUCCAAUAUCCUCCUCGACAUGCCUCUCGCACUGGAUCAAAGCAUGGACCAAGUAACUAGUGCUGAUGCGUUCGAUGGAAAUCUCUCGUGCGAUCAAACGCCCAGCUCCGAUUCGUCUGAGUCAGAUUGUGUGACUAGUGCCAUCGAGAUCCUGCGGGGCUUGCAGAAACCUCAGAAGGGAAUCGAAGCCUCAAGUGAUGGUUUGGAUGGAUCUGGGCUUGUGACUCGCAUGCAAAAAGCCUCAUCGGCAAUUAAUCGUCUCUCCACGAUCCUCGUGUGUCCUUGUUCACAAAAGACCUACGUGGCUAUCCUGGUUGCUUCUGUCUGCUUGACAAUUCUGGACGUAUACGAUUCACUCUUUCAUCGCGAGACUUCUAUGGCUGGGAAUGCCUGUCCAAACGCAAACGCGUCCAUGGGACUGCAGGGGGAUAUUGAACAGACUGAUUUCGGGGAAAUGGCAAGCCUGCGCUCAAGCAAAAAUGAGUUUCAAUGCGAAGUAUCUUCCAUGCAGGUCUUGGAGGAACUUUCCAAGCUGGCGAAUGUGGUGAUGCAAUUCUCUUGCAAGUACAAGGGGGACAGUCAGCUGCAGUCGUCGAGUACACUUUCCGGACUUGCGGAGUCGCUCAAGCAGCGGCUGCGAUUGGUUACGAAUGAAGCUUUUCAGAUGGGAUAUACGGAUUCUGGGAGGUAG